AUGACGGAGGAAGAUAAUAUAUUAUUCGUUAGAGGGAACGAUGAUUCUGAGUCUGCUGAUGUAUGGGACGAUUCAGCUCUUAUUAAAGCAUAUGAUAAGGCUAUUAAUUUAGCAAAAGAAGAAGUUUCAAAGCGUAUGGGCUUAGAAACUAAAAGUGCAGAUAUAAAAUCGAAAAAAUUUCAGUCUCAUAAGUAUUAUAAUCACUCUGAACAGCACAAAAAGAAAUGGGUUGUUGGUUCUCCUUGCCAAGCAGUAUAUUCAGAAGACGGAGAAUUUUAUGAAGCAGUAAUAAUCAAAGUAUUUGAAAAUUCUGGAAUGUGUACUGUCAAAUUUAUAGGAUAUAAUAAUAAGGAGAAAGUUGAACUUUCUAAACUUAUUGAAUCAGAAGGUCUACAGAAACAAAUUGCACAACAGAAAGAAGCAGCAUCAGCUGGGCAGAAUGUAAAUAUGAUGGAUUUUAAUGAAUUUCAAAAGUCAAAUGGUCUGUCAUAUAAUCCAAUGGACUUUGAUACUAACGAAACUAAAACAUUAAAAAAUAUGUACAUGCCUGGAUCUUCUUUUAGUAAUGAUAUAAGUACAAUACCUCCAGCUCCACCACUACCUCCUCAAUUUAUGGCUCGGUUACCUGAAAAUGAUGCUGAUGCUUUAUCAAGUAUGUUAAUGUCCUGGUACAUUAGUGGAUUUCACACAGGUUAUUAUCAUGGAUUAAAACAAAAUCAAAUGAAUAGAGAUCAAAGGAAAAAAUAA